AUGGUGUCACCAACUGUCCUUCGUCGCGUCAUGCGAGAGCUCUCCGAGCUCGAAAAGAACCCUCCUGAAGGCAUUCGUAUUCAGACCAACGAUGAGGACAUGAUGGACGUUACGGGAUUGAUAGAAGGACCUGAGGGCACACCAUACGCCGGAGGCUACUUCAAGGUCAAGUUCAAAUUCACCGACGAGUUCCCUGCUGCACCUCCUAAAUGUUGGUUCGCGACCAAGAUCUUCCACCCCAACGUCGGCCCAACGGGCGAGAUUUGCGUGAACACCCUCAAGAAAGACUGGAAGUCCACGUACGGAAUCGGCCACAUCCUCGUAACUGUCAAAUGUCUCCUCAUCUACCCCAACCCGGAGUCGGCGCUCGACGAAGAGGCGGGUAAGCUGCUCCUGGAGGAGUACCAAAGCUACUGCGACCGCGCGAAGCUCAUCACGAGCAUCCAUGCCACCCCACGCGUAAAGCCCGUCGAGUUUAACAAGCCUUCGGUCACUCCGGACGCGUCUGUGGCGUCAUCGAGCUCUACGGCCACCCCAGAGCCCUCGUCAACCACUGUGGCCUCGUCCUCGAAGCCACCGUCAGUUACUGCCUCCGUGACCCCCUCCAAGUCCGCCUCCACCCUCUCCACUUCGUCUGCCAUGCGUAAAUCAGCAUCUCCAGCUCCACCGUCAUCGUUAAAAGUACCCGAGAAAGACGGCCACAAGGAGCGCCAUCCGUCACCAUCUCCCCUCAGCACGGCGGACUCUAAUGCCGGUAACGGGAAGCCCGGAAUGGGCGUUGGCAUGGGUAUGGCUUCCACGGCUGGCGUGGGCGGUGUGACUGGCACCAAAGCCGUCAAAAGAGCGGCCACGGGCUCAGCAGCUACGAGCGCUGAGAAGAGGAAGAAGGCCCUGAAGAGACUGUAG